AUGUACUCUCCUGCAAUGCCGCUGGACUCCAAUUACAUUCUUAAAUUGCUUUCCACAAACAUCGCAAGGAAAAAGCUGUUGAUCUUUCUGAUUAAUAUCUCGGGACUUAAGAAUUUGAUUUUCAUCUUCACAAGUUGCUUCUUCAACUUCAACUUUGAUCGAAUUUUCGUGAAUGCUCGCAAGUCUCUCAUCAGUGUUGUCAAUUUUCAAAUUUCUAAACUUUUCAAAACACUUUUGUUUUCCCUUUAUUUGUACCCUAAACUGAUAAA